AUGGCGGCGCUGCCCGGGCUGCGGCAGGAGGCGGCGGCGCUGGCGGGCGCGGUGCGCGGCGCGUUGGGGCCGCGGGGCGGGCGGGCGCUGCUGGUGCGGCCCGAUGGCCGGGUGCUGCUGACGCGGGACGGGCGGCGCCUGCUGGAGGCGCUCAGCCUGCAGCCGCCCACGGCCAGGGCGAUGGCGGCCUGCGCCUGCCGCCACCAAAGCGCGACGGGGGACGGCGCCAAGACCUUCGUGCUGCUGCUGGCCGCCGUGUUGGGCGCGAUGCGGGAGGGCUCCCCGCGGCGGGCGGCGCGGGCGCUACCGGCCUUCGAGCGGCGGGUGCUGGAGCGCGCCGUGGCGAGGGGCCUGCGGCCGCACCUCCGCACCGCCUUCCCCGCGGGCGGGCCGGAGGCGGAGCUGGAGGCGGCGGCGCUGGAGGCGCUGCUGGAGGCUUAUCUGCGGGGCCGGCUGGGGCCGGGCGAGCGGCGCGCCGUGGCGCUGCUGGGCUGCGAGCUGUGCGCCCGCUGCGGGGCGCGCCGCCCGCCCGCGCUGCGCCUCCUCUGCCGCCGCUUCGCGCAGCUGCACGCCGCCGCCUCCGGGCUGCCCCUCGCCCGCUCCAGGAUCCUGCCCGGCGUCCUGCUCCGCAGGGACUUCGCCGUCUACUGCCCGGCCGGCGACCGGCUGCGCGCAGUGCUGGUCACCCGCUGCCUGCGGCCCGUGCUCGCGGCACCCGGCGUGGAGUGCGCGGUGCGAUCCGAGCUGCAGCACCGGGCCGCGCUGCGCUGGUGCGGCGGGAGGACGGAGGCCGUGAUGGAGCGCCUGCGGAGCUGCGGCGUGAGGCUGCUGCUGUCCGGCGUGAAGCAGCACGAGGAAGUUAUCUACUACGCGAAAUUACACGGUGUGUCCGUGGUGGAGUGUUUGUCAUCGGAAGAAGUGGCCCUUAUCUCUGAAAUCACAGGAAUCUCGCCCUAUGACCCUGCCGGUGAUAGCGUGCAGAGGGAGAUCACAGAGGCUGCAGUGGUAACCUUCUGCCAGCCCCUGCUGCUGGGCUCCCAGCGGUACGCGCACAUUGGCUUCAGCAGCGCGGGCGCCUUCCAGCCCCACUGCCUGGUUCUGUGCGCUCCUGUCGAUGCCGUUAACGAGCAGCAUGCUGCCGCUCUGCACGGGGCCUUCACCAUGCUGCUGCAGCUCUUCAGAGAGGUGGGUCAGGAGUGCGGAGAUGAGAGCCGGAAUGGUGCCUCAGGUGUUGGGAGCGGGUAUUGUUCAGCUACUGAAACGCAGGUGGUGAUAGAAAGUAUUGCUUGUGGCAGCAGUCAGGUUUCUGAGCAUCAGCUGGGAGGCUGCAGGGGUGAAACAACAGCACAAAGUUCAGAUUUUGCUUCACAUGAAAGCGAACAUCCUGAUUGUACACCACCAGCCUCAGCUCCUGGCCCACACAGCAAGGAGCUGAAUGUCUGCACCGGUGGGACUGACUCAGCAGGGACACACAAACUGUGUGAGUGUGCAGAUGGGAUGAACGAGAGCCACCGAAGGCACCCAGUGGUGUGCAGUCACAGGAAUCACAGCACUGCUGUAGUCAGCACUGCUACCCUGUGUGAGCACCUAGGUGUCGAUAAAGGCUUAGAGAAGGCUGGCAGUGGUGUUACACAGAGUUGUCCCUGCUCCGUCCUAGAAGCAGGAUCAGUUCUGCCAGUAGGAGGUUACUUUGAAAUCCUGUUACAUUAUUAUAUUCGGCAUUAUGCAAAGCAGGUUCAGCAGUCAGCAGUUAUUGUCAUAUCUAAUGUAGUUGCUGAUGCUUUGUUAAGUAUUCCAAAGGCCUUAUAUGGAACAGAACGGAACGGCUUUACCAAGUUUUAUCUUGAAACCACAGAAGCACUCAGGAAGAAUCAGCCCCUGCCUGUGAAUGAGAAAGGCUUGGAAUCAGUGUAUUGCAAAUACCAGCUGGUAACUUCAGUUCUUCAUUGUGCUACAGAGCUUCUCAAUAUUGAUUUAAUCAUUGGUGUUAAGCGGCCACCACAGAAAAUUGAGGAUAAUGAUUCGGAUGACGAUUUCUGAAAUUGUAAAUAAAAAUGUUUUUGAUAGCGCGUUUCCCUGCAUCUUCUUCUCAAGUGAUCUCAAAUUUCAGUGCUGGAGACUAAAAGAUCUCUUUUUAGAUCCACAGACCUAACGUACUUCGUAGAAGUAGAGGCUGACAGUUGGGAUCUGUGUAGAUCUAUCUCCCUGCAGCCCGUGGGCACUGCACAGGGCAGAUCUCCACUUGCGCCACGGAGGAGCCUGCAGUGCACCAGGAUGAGGCCUGAAGGAGGCACUGCCCGUAGAUGCACCCCUGCAGGAGCACCCUGUGCUGGAGCUGCAGCCUGUGGAGAGGGGCCCGUGGUUGGGCAGGAGGGUUGGGGGAGCCACCGCUCAUGGGGACAUGGGCUGGAACAGUGCACUUCUGAAGGUGGGCCCUGUGUUAGGGGCUCUGUUGGAACAGAGCUUGGGGAGCUGUGGCCUGUGAGAAGGACACCUGGAGGCAGGCAGGGAGCGGCCAGGCCUGACUGGACUGACUGCAGCCCUGCUUCCCUGCACUGCUUGCAAGGAGGAAACAGUAGAACGAAGGCUGAAGCUGAGUGAAAACGGAAAGGGCUGAAGGUGUCAUCAGUUUGUUGUUUUUUUUGUUGUUAUCGUUUUCACUGUCCUGCUUUGUUAUUAAUUGGCAAUAAAUUAAAUUAAUCUUCCUCAAACCAAGUCUGUUUUGUACGUGACAGUAAUUAGUGAGCAGGCUCCCUCCCUAUAGUCCCAUGGUGUUCCCAAUUUCUACUCCAUCCUGCUGAGGGAGCACCUCGAUGUUCAUUGAAGAGAUUUAUUUAAGGAAGAACAAGGGACAGUAAUUUUUUCUUCUAGUAGAAUAAUUUCUGAUAUGUGCAGAAGAGUGGGUGUGGAAUUAAACACAGAGGAGAGAAAAUUACACUCCUGACAGCUCAGUAAUGCAACAACUGGCCCAAGCUGAGCCCACAGAGCUCCCUGCUCAGACAGGCCCAGAGCUGGGAGCUGCUUGCUGGCAUUAUUUUAUACCAUUAUUACAUCUGCACAAUUACAUAAAACUUUUUUUUUUUCUUUUUUUUCUUUUUUUUUCUAACAAUUCUUUCAUCUGGCACCUGACCCAUCUCUGGUAAAAGCUCUCGAGUCUGAUGGCUCUUUGAGUUGAGUGCUGUAUUUCAUUGACUUCCCUGCUAUUUUCUAUUUGUGAAUGAUCCAUUCUUACUUUUGAACCACAGUUUCCCCAGUUUUUCUUGAGAGUUCCCAAAAUGGUGCUCCUUUUCCUCAGAGAAUAUCAGGAAUAGUGUCUUUGCUGGGGUGGUACAUGUUUGGUACGUGGCCUUUCAGUUUCCAGCCCUGGGGUCUGAGUUGGGUGUGAGAGAUGCUCCGGGGGAAGAGCAGAAGAGCAGGAUCCCUCCUGGAGCCAACCCUUUCCCAAGGCAACCUGCUCAGCCUGGGCACCCUCUCACUGCUUCUUGGUACCUCCUCCUUCACUGCAAUUCUUUGUGUAGCUCUUCCAAAUUUUAGAGCUUUCUGUAAACGUAUUCACUCUUUGAGAGCUGACGUGGAGAUGAUUUUAAGACUGAUUUCUUGAUGUCGUGACAAGGACAAAUUCAAGACCCAAGGGGCCCCUGGGUUGGGAAUUUGGUGUUUCAAAGCCACAAGAAGCAGUAUGUCUAGAAGUGCACUAUGGUCAGAUCAACCUUAUGGGUUUUAUUUCUGGUACCAUGGCCUAGAGAGUUUUUCUGUUUGUGGUUGACUGUGGAUUUGUGUCCACACGAACUGGAAGGCAGGUCCGUGCUUGAAAUACAAGCAAGCACAGAGAGAAAUAAUGCACAGUGACACUAGAUCCACGUAGCAGUGGCUCUUGAGAAUGGGCGCAAGCGGUUCACCUGACGGUGCCAUCUGUCAUUUGGUGCUCUGGGUGGUGGUGGAGUCUCAGCACACUUCUGCGGGUGGCAGUUCCUGUGCUGACAGAGACAGGCCUGUGGGACGGCACUGAGACUGCCUGUAUUCCAGCAGCAUUCCUCCAUCCCUGCUCCUGCUGAGGAACCCCAGCGGCACGGCCAAGCACAAGUUCCCAUUUGGGUGGCUUAGUGAUGGCAUAAGCCGUCAGCCGCAUUCACCUGUUCCUACGUUUUAACAUGUUGAAUAUGCCUGAAUAGUUUAGCUAUAAAGGUGCAUUUUUGUUGCCUUUAAGCCGAAAGCUCCGAGGUUAACUUAAAACAGCACCAAAUGUCAAUGUGGUGUUUGUUGUACUGUGCUAACUUGCUAUGGUUUCUGUUGUUAUCUUUGUAACAGUCUUCCAGAGCCGACAGGUGGGUGAUUAAUGGUACCACAUGAGGAGAUUAAGAAAGAUUAUAUUCUUCACACGCAUGCAUCUCUGUAACUGAGAUAGAACUGUAUUCACUUCACCCUACUAGAUUUGCUUUUUGUAUAGCAGAUCUGCUAUUAACCAUAGAAACUUCCAAUUUUUUUUUUUUAAUUGAUAAAUUUUCUAUCAGUGUUUAGGUUAAUGUGUGUCCUCGUGUCUCUUUUUUCUUCAGCUUUAUAUCUCAAGCUAGAAACUAUUUUGGUAUUAAAGCAAGGAGCUGUUUGCAAUUUAAUUUCUUUACAUCUAAGGAAUAGGUAAAUAUUUCAGCCACCAUUAAGAACAGGUGUCAAGCAUGAACUUUGCUUACUAUGUAAUUUAUCUCACUAUUACUAUUAAGACUGAACAAAACGAGCACUAAUGUCAAAAUUUGUAAACAGCAGCUUUGGAAACGUGUUGGCUGCAAUUAACACAAUUAAAUUUAGCGUUUUGUAGCGUUUUGUGAGGCAGCAUUUGUAUCUUGUGAAUGAAGCUAGAAAUAGCCGCUUGGA